GUUGUGGAAGUGACGUCGGUUAGAAUAGUCUGUGUGUGUGUCUCAGUUGGAUCUGUAUUAAGGCAGCAUAGAGCGGAGAAUGGCGGGCCUGUGGAGAUCCUACCAGGCUCUGAUGACCAGGCGUCCAUGGACUGUCCAGAUAAUCACAGCCGGCACGCUGGUGGGGGUGGGUGAUGUCAUCUCCCAGCAGGUGCUUGAGAGGCGGGGUCUAGCCAAUCACAACGUGAUACGGACGGCCAAGAUGAUGAGCAUCGGAUUCUUCUUCGUCGGCCCUGUAAUAGGUAGCUGGUACAAGGUUCUGGACAAGCUGGUCACUGGGGGGACCAAAAGUGCUGCCAUGAAGAAAAUGCUUUUCGAUCAGUUGGGCUUUGCACCGUGUUUCCUGGGUGGCUUCUUGGGGAUCUCUGGAACUUUGAAUGGACUGACUGUGGAGGAGAACGUUGCCAAGCUCAAGAGGGACUACACAGAUGCCUUGAUCUCAAAUUACUAUCUAUGGCCUGCAGUCCAGAUUGCCAACUUCUAUUUUAUCCCACUGCACCACAGAUUGGCUGUGGUCCAGAUUGUAGCUAUCGGCUGGAAUUCCUACUUGUCUUGGAAAGCCAAUAAGAUGUGAUGGAUAUUUCAGGUCCCGCCCUACCUCACACAUAUAGGACUAUCAAUUAGACUUUUACACCUGCAAAUAGUGUGAUACACUGAAUACAGAAAGCUGUGAAGUUAGCGGUCAGGAAAAAAAAUUGUUAACAAACACUGAAAUACUCGAACUUGAAACUCAAACUUUUGCGUAGUGGAAGAUUUUUGUGAAAGUUUGUCAGACCUAUAGAAACGUACUAUUAAUGCUACAAAAAAGUUUAUAGUCAGGCAGACUAUAGUUGACAUAUACAUUGAACAAAAAUAUAAACGCAAUAUGUAAAGUGUUGGUCCCAUGUUUCAUGAGCUGAAAUAAAAGAUCCCC